UCCUUGCACACUCCCUUCUUCCAAAAACCCCGAAGAAGAGAGGCCCAGAUCUACUCCCCCUACUGUCCAUACUCUCUCUACCCAUGGCUUUGACCGUCGAGAAAACCACGUCCGGCCGCGAGUACAAGGUCAAGGACAUGUCCCAGGCCGAUUUCGGCCGCCUCGAGCUCGAGCUGGCCGAGGUCGAAAUGCCUGGGCUCAUGGCUUGCCGGGCCGAAUUCGGGCCUUCCCAGCCCUUCAAGGGCGCCCGGAUCACCGGCAGUUUGCACAUGACCAUCCAAACCGCUGUCCUGAUCGAGACCCUCACCGCCCUCGGCGCCGAGGUCAGAUGGUGCUCCUGCAACAUCUUCUCCACCCAGGACCACGCCGCCGCCGCCAUCGCCCGCGACAGCGCCGCCGUCUUCGCCUGGAAGGGCGAGACCCUCCAGGAGUACUGGUGGUGCACGGAGAGGGCCCUCGACUGGGGCCCCGGCGGCGGCCCGGAUCUCAUCGUCGACGACGGCGGCGACGCCACUCUCCUCAUCCACGAGGGCGUCAAGGCCGAGGAGGAGUACGCCAAAAACGGCACCGUUCCGGAUCCGAGCUCCACCGACAAUGCCGAGUUCCAGAUCGUUCUCACCAUCAUCAGAGACGGCCUCAAGGCCGAUCCCAAGAAGUACACGAGGAUGAAGGAGAGACUCGUUGGCGUUUCCGAGGAGACCACUACUGGUGUCAAGAGACUUUAUCAGAUGCAGGAGAAUGGAACUCUUCUUUUCCCUGCCAUCAAUGUCAACGACUCUGUAACCAAGAGCAAGUUUGACAACUUGUAUGGAUGCCGCCACUCUCUACCAGACGGUUUGAUGAGAGCCACUGAUGUGAUGAUUGCCGGAAAGGUGGCAGUUGUGUGCGGUUACGGAGAUGUUGGCAAGGGCUGUGCUGCAGCUUUGAAGCAGGCUGGUGCCCGUGUGAUCGUGACUGAGAUUGAUCCGAUCUGUGCUCUCCAGGCGCUUAUGGAGGGUCUCCAGGUCCUUACCCUCGAGGAUGUUGUCUCUGAUGCUGAUAUCUUUGUGACCACCACCGGUAACAAGGACAUCAUCAUGGUUAGCCACAUGAAGAAGAUGAAGAACAACGCCAUCGUUUGCAACAUUGGCCACUUCGACAAUGAAAUCGACAUGCAAGGGCUCGAGACGUACCCUGGCGUGAAGAGGAUCACCAUCAAGCCUCAGACCGACAGAUUUGUGUUCCCCGAGACCAACACCGGCAUCAUUGUUUUGGCCGAGGGCCGUCUCAUGAACUUGGGUUGUGCCACUGGACACCCGAGCUUCGUGAUGUCCUGCUCCUUCACUAACCAAGUCAUUGCCCAGCUCGAGCUGUGGAAGGAGAAGAGCACCGGCAAGUACGAGAAGAAGGUUUACGUCUUGCCAAAGCACCUCGAUGAGAAGGUUGCUGCCCUUCAUCUCGGGAAGCUCGGUGCCAGGCUCACUAAACUUAGCCCCGAACAAGCUGCUUACAUUAGUGUUCCAGUUGAGGGUCCUUACAAGCCUCCUCAUUACAGGUACUAAGCGGAAGCCUCGAAGAUCAAGAAGAAGAGAAUGUUUUAAUGCAAUUGUUGCUUUCUUUAUACACAUUUUGAUUUGGGCUAGAAAUGGUAGUUUUUGGUUGAUGGAUUUUGGGAGGCUGGAAAAUUUGAAAGAAUGGUCUUUCUUGUAGAAGACCAUCUCUUAUAUGUUGAAUAAGGCUGUGUGGUUGGAGGUGGUGUGUUGUGGUAUUGUAGCCUGUUUCAGUUAGAUUGGUUUGCUUCUGUUAUGACUUUCUUUCAUUAAAAAAUGGAAACCAAAUUUGAUUUUCCA